AUGUUGGUGAAUGGUUGGGUUGGGCAGCCCUUUGAGGUUGGAUCUGGGGUGCGCCAGGGGUGCCCGCUGAGUCCCUUGCUCUAUGCCUUUGCCAUCGACCCCUUCGUCAGGAGGCUAGAUGGCGGGGCAGUGAGCGGGGUGCCGGUGGGUGCCACUGGAGAUCCGCCUUUGAGAGUUGUGGCUUAUGCUGAUGACGUUUCUGUUUUCAUUUCUGGACCAGAGGAGGCGCAGGAGGUGGUUUCAGUAAUGGAUCAGUAUGCCGAGGCAUCAGGUUCCAAGGUCAAUCAGGACAAAUGUGAAGUUCUUUGGAUGGGCAGGGAGGGUGAGAGCUUCUCACUCCCGGACGCCUUCCCAGUGCCUCAGCCGAACAUCAAAGUGUUGGGCAUCAAUUUUGGCCCUGCUGAUUACAGCAAGCAAAAUUGGGAAUCCAAGCUGUCGGAUGCCGAGGUCAAAGUGAGAUGCUGGAAGGGGGUGGCGGCUCUCCUUGAGGGAAAGGGUUGA